AUGCCCAAAAAACUCAAGCUUGCCGUGGCACAAUCCCGCACCCUCGACACCACCGCCGAAACUCUCCGCGCCCUCGAAGACAUAACACGUUCGGCCGCUCAAUCGAGCAUCGACCUCGUGCUAUUCCCAGAAGCCUACCUUGGAGGUUACCCGCGGACAUGCAGCUUCGGUGCCUCUGUUGGCGCACGUGAUCCCGCCGGCCGCGAGCAAUUCCUCGCUUACUUCCAAUCCGCCGUAGACCUUGGCGAUACGCCAUUGGGGGCCGGCGAUGACUGGACGGACAAGAAGCUGCCGAUUGCUAAGGAUGCCAAGUACAGGGGCGAUGGAACACGGGAAGAGCUGGAGCGCAUAGCCAGAGACACCGGCGUAUUCAUCGUGACCGGCCUGGUCGAGAAGGCGGGAGGAAGCCUGUACUGCGCUGUGCUAUACGUGUGCCCCAAGCUCGGCAUCUUGGGCAAGAGACGGAAGGUCAUGCCGACAGGAUCAGAACGGCUUAUAUGGGCUCAGGGCAGUCCAAGCACGCUUCGGGCGGUCACAACGACGAUCCGUGGAGUAAAGCUGAGACUGGCUGCGGCCAUCUGCUGGGAGAACUACAUGCCCCUGCUCCGGUACAGCUUGUACUCUCAAAAUGUUAACCUGUAUCUGGCGCCGACGGCUGAUGCGAGGGACACUUGGCUGCCUCUCAUGCGAACCGUUGGUUGUGAAAGUAGGGCAUUCGUGCUGAGUGCAAAUCAAUGCUUGAAGAGGAAGAACCUGCCAGCGUGGAUAAGAGGCGGAGAUGCGACUAAGCCGAAAGAAUCGACGAAGAAUGGAGAAGCCGGAGGUCAGAGUUCCCGUGCGAGUUCGAGAGCUCCAUCGACAGCAGUUGUCGACGGCGACGCUGAGGAUCGGGGAAGUGCUCCAUCUGGUCGACGCCGAAAGUCCACUAUUACAGAGACGCCAGACCGCCAUGAGAUCUGCUGGCCGAACCCGAAAGCAGCAUCGACCAACGGCAGCACGGCUGACAAACCGGCACCAUCCCACACGGGGACCCAUCCGCUGAGCCAGUCAUCUACUGUGGAGUCCGCUGAGCAGCGGGGUUCCACCGAUGCGGACGAGGACUAUGUUUGUCAAGGCGGCUCAUGCAUCGUCUCUCCGUUGGGCGAGGUCCUCGCCGGCCCGCUCUGGGAGGUCGAAGACGGCGGGUUGCUGGUUGUGGAAGCGGACUUUGAGGACUGCGAGAGAGGUAGGCUCGAUCUGGAUGUUGCGGGCAGUUACUCGAGGAAUGAUGCGUUUAAAUUGAGUGUUGAAGGGUUGGAUCUCAGCCCCCCGCCUUAG